AUAAAUAAAAUACAAUAACAGUUAAAUCAUAUGCAAUUUAAUCUUGUAUAAAUUGCUCUAGACAAGUGAAACAGCGUAGACACAGCAGCGAAAUCUUGGAAGAGCAGAGCACAUACUAGACGUGAUUUGAACCUUAUACCAUGGCGGCCACAACAUUACUACAAUUUCGGUUACAGUCGCCUCCGUAUAGAAAAGUCCAAAUUCAGGCCUUCAAUGGGCAGCAGCAGCACAACCAGGUACAUCAUAUAAGAACACCCUCUUGUACCCUGUUAAGAAAUAAAUCUAUUUCAGCGAUGCCAACAAGCUUUGAAGGCUGCAAUUUAUCACUAAAACCCCACCAAACCAUAAAACAAAGCACCAGGGUUUUGACCUGUCGGGCCUUAUCUACAAAUGAACCCAACGAAACCCCAGCUGCUUCUUUUGCAUACCCAUCUCUUGCGUUGGCUGCCUCGGCCAUUAUAUCUGCGUUAAUUGUAAGAGUGAUUCGAAUCCUGUUGGAAAAAUAUAUACUUUUAAACCCUAGCCCUACUGGAGGAUUAGCUUCUUUGGUUCAUGCUUCUAGCCCCCUGCUUUUCGCUAGUAUAAGCGACCCGUUCUCGGACAGCCGGCCCGCGACUCCGCUGUCCGUUGUGGCUGGUGGCAUGGCCAAAUGGCUGGAGCUUUAUAGCACUAUUGUUUGGGUUAGGGUUUUGCUGAGUUGGUUUCCUAAUAUUCCCUGGGAUCAGCAGCCCCUUUCUGCUAUCAGGGAUUUGUGUGAUCCUUACUUGAACGUCUUCAGGAAUUUGCUGCCACCUGUCAUGGGUAUGCUGGAUGUGAGCCCCCUCCUUGCCUUCGUUAUCCUUGGUGUUUUUGCUACAAUGUUACGAGCAGCUUCAUUGUAUUGAAGGAGUUUUGGUUCAUUUCUAUUCAGUUGAGCGCAGUUCAAGGCACUACAUGAUGGAACACUACUUGCACGUGAUUCUUAUAGGCAAUCAAAUAUUGUUUUUUAAUAUAGUAUAUUUCUUGUUCAUCAAUAGAGUUCUACUUCUUGAAUAAUAUACCAAGAGCUGGAGUCCUGUGAUUUUAAGGACAAAAUUUACCAUCGCGAUUUUUUUCAGUAUUGAUACCUCAAUUACGAGCACAUUUUUAUUAGUAUAAAAAUAAUGGAAAAUCAUUUCUUGUUGGAUUCUAAA